AUGGCAGAUGAUAACAAUUUACGUCCAACUGAUAACGAACAGCAAAAUGACUCAAGUGAUAAGCCAGGAAAUGAUAAUGAUGAUGAGAUAGAAGUACUGAAAUCUGAUAAUUCAGAAGAAAAUUCAGACGAAAAUUUGAUUUGCGAUGAAACGAAAAAAUUAAAAAAAAAUUUUUUAUCAUUGAAAAUAUUUGGUCGAAAGUUUAAUGCAUUAAGACAACGAUCACAGAGUUAUAGUAUUUUACAAAGUGAUCAGCCAACGACAAGUUCAAAUUCAACUUCAAAAAAUUUAUUCAAUUUUAAAUCUCUGCGAAAUCGAUUUGCUCAUUUAAGGAAAAUUUUAAAUUUAAAGCAUUUAUCAAAUUCAAAGACAAAACAUCAUGAAAGUUUGGAAAAGUUAGCAGAAUUAAAGCAUUCAUCGAAUUCAAAGAGUUCAACUGAUUCUGAAAGUUCACCGACAAAUUUCGAAAGGUCAACCGAUGUAACUCAGUCAAAAGUAGUAGAUUUGAUGCAUACCGAAGGACACUUCCAGAAUUUAUCAAAUUUACAACAAAGUGAAACAAAUUUGGAACAAUCUAUAACUUUGGAAUGCUCUAUUGAUCCGGAAAAUUCAGGAGAUCAAACAGAAUAUUCGGCAAAUACAAUGCAAUUAGAAGAAGAAUUAAGGCAAUACUCUAUUGAUCCGGAAAAUUCAGGAGAUCAAACAGAAUAUUCGGCAAAUACAAUGCAAUUAGAAAAAGAAUUAAGACAAUACUCUAUUGAUUCGGAAAAUUCAGGAAGUCAAACAGAACAUUCGGCAAAUACAAUGCAAUUAGAAGAAGAAUUAAGGCAAUACUCUAUUGAUCCGGAAAAUUCAGGAAGUCAAACAGAAUAUUCGACAAAUUCGAUGCAAUUAGGAGAAUCAAUGCAUUCAUCAGAACAAUCAGAGAAUUCAUCAAAUUCAAGCAGUUUAUCAAGUUUCAAAUAUUCAACAAAUUCAGAGCAAUCAUUCCGUUCCGGAAAAUUACCUGAUUCAAGUUAUUUAACAACUUCACAAUAUCUAACAAGUAUGAUUCAUUCAUCAAACUCACAACAUUUAGCAAAUCCAGAACAAACAACAAAUUUGGAGCAUUUAUCAAAUGUGGAAAAUCCGGCAAAUUUAGGACAUUCGGCAGAAUUGGAGCAUUCCGGAAUUCCUGAACAAUCAAUACCUUUGCAUCAUUUGACAAAUUCAAUGAUAGCUGCAAAUUCAGAUGUGGCGCAGAAUUUGAUGAAUCAGAAAUUUUCAUCGUCAUCGCUAUCACAAGAGGGGGGGAAUUUCGAUGGACAAUCGAGGAUUCUAAUUGAUUCAAAUGAUCAAACGCCACGAAUGCAACUGAUAAGUGAUAAGAGUGAUAGCGCAGAAACAGAUGAUAACAACUCAAAAGUAACUAUCAGUGCUAAUGCUAAUAAGCUUGCAACAAUUGAAUGCGAUGAUUCAUUGAUUGUUAAUGAUGAAUCAUACGUGGAAUAUUUUAUAUGCUCGCAGUGUUCGCCUAGCAAUUCGGAAGGUUCGCAACAAUUACCGGAAAUGCGGACCGCAAGUCAGGAAUCAUUAAUACGACAUUUCGUUAUUGAUGAAAUUUUUCCUACCAGUACCAAUAGUAAUACUGAUAAUGAAAAUGAUAAUAAUCAUAUUAAUAACAAUAAUGAAAAUGGACAUUAA